AUGAAAUCUACAAUCGUUUUAUUACUUUUACUUCCAAUGUUCUCCAGUGAAACUAUCACAGAGAUAGAUUUACUGACUACUUUGGCAACCAUUACAUCUUGUGAAGGUGGCUGCGAACGUACCAGUACACCACCUUCAAAUGUCACUUCUUUUGAAGGUGCAGCCGACAACUACAAACCUAUUGGUGUUGCUGCUGGUGUUGCUUUGAUCGGGUUGAUCAUGUGA